AUGUCUUCUGACCCCACUAACCCCUCGGUUGAUCCAGAUGAGCUUCAUCUUGAGGGUGAACCUGCGACUGAGCUUUACGAGGGAAGAAUCUGGGUAGAUGGCUGCUUUGACUUUUUCCAUCACGGCCACGCUGGCGCCAUCGUUCAGGCUCGCCAAUUAGGAAAUGAGCUCUACGCAGGUGUUCACUCAGAUGAAGCUAUCCUCGCCAACAAAGGUCCAACAGUCAUGACUCUCCCAGAACGACUCGCUGCUACUGACGCUUGUCGCUGGGUAACUCGCUCAGUCGGCCACGCACCCUACGUCACCUCCCUCCCCUACAUCACCCACUACGGCUGCAAAUACGUCGUCCACGGCGACGACAUCACUUCCGACUCGGACGGAAACGACUGCUACCGCUUCGUAAAAGAAGCAGGCCGCUUCAAAGUCGUAAAGCGAUCCCCCGGAAUUUCCACUACAGAUCUUGUAGGCCGCAUGCUUCUCUGCACAAAAACCCACUUUAUCAAAUCCCUCGAGAAGAAGCUCGCAGGCCAAGAAGGUCAUGGAACUCCUGAAGAGCGCAAGGCUGAGGGUGAAGCUAUGCUUGAGCGCAUGAAGCUUUACGCUACUGACGCUUCAGGAAAAGCACCUGGUGCUGAAGUGUUCUUCUGGACUGCGUCUCAAGAGGCCAAGUCGGAGGACGCUGAUGAUGAGAGGGGUAGCUUUCGUCAGCUAAUUGAAGGACCUGGCCCGAAGCCUGGACAGCGCGUUGUGUACGUUGAUGGAGGAUAUGAUCUUUUCUCAAGCGGUCACAUUGAGUUCUUGCGCCAGGUUAUUCUUGCCGAGGAAGAGCUUGCGCGAAAGGAUGGCUGGUUUGAUGAGCAGGCUGUCAAUGAGCGACUGGGCAAGGGCGAAGAUUAUCCCCCUGCGUACGUGGUCGUGGGUGUUCAUGAGGAUUGGGUCAUCAACCAGUGGAAGGGCAUCAAUUAUCCCAUCAUGAACAUUUUCGAGCGCGGUCUCUGCGUGCUCCAAUGCAAGUACAUCAACGCAGUUGUCUUCGGCGCUCCUUUCGCUCCUACAAAGACCUACCUAACCACCCUUCCCCGCGGUCUCCCAGACGCCGUAUACCACGGUCCUACAUCCUUCAUGCCGUUGACCUACGAUCCCUACACAGCGCCCAAGGCAAUGGGUAUCAUGCGCGAAGUCGGCACCCAUGCAUUUUCGCACGUCAACGCAGGUGAAAUCGUGCAGCGCAUUAUGAAGAGUCGUGAUAUGUACGAGGCGCGUCAACGGGCCAAGGGCGUCAAGGCAGGUGUUGAAGCAGCGGCGCGCGAGAGGGAGAUUUUGGAGGAGGAGCAGAGACAGAAGGAGGCUGAGAGGGCAUAG